AUGGAGAAAUUUUUGAAAAGAAAAAAUGCGGACAUUGUACUGGACCCUGGACAAAAUCCGGGCCCUAGUAUGAGUGGAGGUGAAAAGAAAGCAAAGACAAGGCAAUACAACGAAAACUAUCUUUCAUUUGGAUUUACUUGUACCGAAGAUGCAACGGCACCGACUCCAUUGUGCUUGGUAUGUGGUGAAACGCUCUCCAACGGUGCUAUGGUUCCAAGCAAGCUCAAACGACAUCUUGAAACUAAACACCCUUUACUUCAAAAUAAAAAUGUGGAUUAUUUUGUUCGCCUGCGUGAUCAGACAAAGAAACAGGCCACUUUCAUGAGAAAAACCGCAAAGGUGAACGCGAAAGCCCUUAAAGCUAGCUAUCACGUAGCUGAACUUGUGGCUAAAUCAAAAAAGCCCCACACUGUGGCAGAGCAAUUAAUACUUCCCGCCUGCAAAGUCAUUGUAACUGAAAUGCUCGGGCCCGAAGCGGCCAAAGAAAUAGUCCCUCUUUCGGAUAACACAAUUUCCAGACGCAUCAAUGAGAUGUCUGCAGACAUAGAAAGUGUUGUUUUGGACAAGAUCCGUAUCGGUAAUAAAUUUGCUUUGCAACUUGAUGAGUCUACUGAUAUUAGUGGGCAUGCUCAACUCUUGGCUAAUGCUUUGCCAGAAAAAACAACGGGAGAGGAAAUUUCUCGCGUUGCAUCAGAAUAUCUAGAAAAAGGAAGACUUACGUGGGAAAACUGCACGAGUGUCUGCACUGAUGGAGCUGCAGCCAUGGUUGGGCGCACCAAAGGCUUUGUAAGCAGAGUGAAGGAGAAAAACCCAGAUGUGAUCAUAACUCACUGUUUUUUACACCGCGAAGCCCUCGUAGGCAAGACUUUACCGACAGACCUCGUUCCUGUGAUGGAUGAUGUUGUGCGUAUGGUAAACUUUGUAAAGUCACGACCUCUGAAAACUCACAUAUUUGCGGCUUUGUGUGAAGAAAUGGGAGCGGAGCAUAAAGCCUUGCUGUUUCAUACGGAGGUCCGAUGGUUGACGCGCGGCAAGGUGCUGGCCCGUGUGUAUGAGCUGCGAGAGGAACUUAAAGGGUUUCUGACGAACGAGGGGUCCGAGUACACGAAGCUGCUUGCAAGUGAAGAGUGUUGUGCAAGACUGGCAUACCUGGCAGAUAUUUUUUAUUAUCUGAAUGAACUGAACACACGAAUGCAAGGCCAAAAUGAAAACCUACUUACAAGCGCAGAUAAAAUAAAUGGAUUCCGUUCCAAGGUGCAACUCUGGCAGCAACAUGUGGGAAAUGGCAAUCUUGAAAUGUUCCCACUCACCAAUAAAUGUCAAGGUGUUAAUACUGCUGCACUGUGUGAGGUAAUAGUUGAACAUUUGAAAAUUCUUGAGCAGAAGAUAUCAUUUUAUUUCUCUUUAGUCACCACAGAGUACCUUGACUGGGUUAGGGAUCCAUUCAGCUCAGCAUCAGCUUUUGGAAUGGACAUGACUUUGCAGGAGCAGGAGGAACUAACUGAACUGAAACAAGAUCGUUGUCUCAAGCUAAGCUUUGCUGAUCCACCUUUGGACAGUUUCUGGUUGGCAGCUGCCAAGGAGUUCCCCAUGCUGGCCCACAAAGCUAUUUUGACAUUGCUCCCAUUUUCCACAACAUAUCUGUGUGAGGUGAGCUUUUCAAGCCUGACUGCUAUAAAAACUAAAAACAGAGAAAGACUUAGAGCUGUUGAUGAAGAGCUUCGUGUGUGCCUUUCAUCGAUUCCUGCCAGGAUAUCUGCUCUGUCUUCAUUCAAACAGCCCCAGGUUUCACACUGA